AUGGCCUCAAAGUUUCUACGAGAAUACAAACUGGUCGUCGUCGGCGGCGGUGGCGUCGGUAAAUCCUGCCUGACCAUCCAGCUGAUUCAGAGUCAUUUCGUCGACGAAUAUGACCCGACAAUUGAAGACUCCUACCGUAAGCAGUGUGUUGUUGACGAUGAGGUCGCCCUGUUGGACGUUCUGGAUACCGCCGGCCAGGAAGAAUACUCCGCUAUGCGAGAACAGUACAUGCGCACCGGCGAGGGCUUCCUCCUGAUCUACUCCAUCACCUCGCGCCAAUCCUUCGAAGAAAUCAUGACCUUCCAACAGCAAAUCCUGCGCGUCAAGGACAAGGAUUAUUUCCCCAUCAUUGUGGUCGGCAACAAGUGCGAUCUGGAGAAGGAGCGUGUGGUCUCAGAGCAGGAGGGUGAAGCGCUGGCCCGACAGUUCGGCUGCAAGUUCAUUGAAACCUCCGCGAAGUCCCGCAUCAACGUCGAGAACGCCUUUUACGACCUCGUCCGCGAGAUUCGCCGCUACAACAAGGAAAUGUCCUCCUACCCCUCCGGAUCCGGUGCUUAUGGUGCCCGCCAGCCUGAGGGCAAGAUGGAUGUUAGCGAGCCUGGCGAGAGCGCUGGCUGCUGCUCCAAGUGUGUUAUCAUGUAA